GCCCGGGCCGGCCCGGCGGCGCGUCCCGAGCGGCCGGCGGCGCAGCAUGGGCGGGCGGGCCUGGGCGCUGCUCUGCCUGGGGCUGCUGCUCCCCGGGGGCGGCGCCGCCUGGGGCGUCGGCGGAGCCCCGUUCCCCGGACGCAGAAACUGGUGCUCGUAUGUGGUGACCCGAACCAUCUCAUGCCAUGUGCAGAACGGCACCUACCUUCAGCGCGUGCUGCAGAAUUGCCCCUGGCCCGUGAGCUGCCCGGGGUACGGCUACAGGACCGUGGUGCGACCCACCUACAAAGUGAUGUACAAGACGGUGACGGCCCGCGAGUGGAGGUGCUGCCCCGGGCACUCGGGAGCUAACUGUGAGGAAGUUGCAGGCUCCCCAGGCUUUGUGGGCCCUGGGUGGCCAGGCAGCAGCACGCGGCGGAUGGCACUGCGACCCCCCAGCUUCUCAGGUUGUCUCAACUGCAGUAAAGUGGCCGAGCUGAGCGAGCGGCUGAAGGAGCUGGAGGCCAAGGUGGCCGUGCUGACCAUCCCAGAGCAGCCAGCACCCCCCACCCCCCCUGCCCCCGAGGACCCUGCCCCGCUCUGGGGCUCCCCAGCUGCCCAGGGCAGCCCCGGGGAUGGAGGCCCCCGAGAUCGAGUUGGCAUCCGGGGGCUUCCUGGCCCCACUGGCCCCAAGGGAGACAUGGGCAGCCGGGGGCCCAUGGGCAUGCGAGGCCCACCAGGUCCCCAGGGCCCCCCUGGACGCCCUGGCCAGACCGGAGCUGUGGGCACCCCUGGAGAGAGGGGACCUCCAGGCCCACCUGGGCCUUCUGGGCCCCCAGGACCACCAGCUCCUGUCGGACCCCCCUAUGCCCAGAUCCAGCACGGAGACCCACUGCUGUCCAACACCUUCACGGAGACCAGCAGCCACUGGCCCCAAGGACCCUCUGGGCCCCCAGGACCCCCAGGGCCUGUGGGCCCCCCCGGACCUCCUGGGCCCGUGGGCCUCCCUGGCAGUCCUGGCCUUGCGGGACCCCCAGGGCCCACUGGACCCAAGGGAAUCUCUGGCCACCCAGGAGAGAAGGGCGAGAAAGGGCUUCCUGGAGAGCCGGGUCCCCAAGGAUCCACGGGGCAGCCGGGAGAACCUGGCCCCAAAGGAGACGCCGGAGAGAAGAGCCACUGGGCUCCUAGCUUACAGAGCUGCCUGCAGCAGCAGGCCCAGCUGGAGCUCCUGGCCAGACGGGUCAGCCUGCUGGAAGCCAUCAUCUGGCCAGAACCAGAGGGGUCAGGGGCAGGCCCGGCCGGCACGGGUACCCCCAGCCUCCUACGGGCCAAGAGGGGAGGACAUGCUGCCAACUACAGGAUCGUGGCCCCCCGGAGUCGCAACGAGAGGGGCUGAGAGCAGCGGUGUCCCCCCACCAGGUGGGCCCGGCCGAGCUGCCCUUCCUGACCUGGGCCUGGCCAGUGGCCUCUGGAAACUGCCCUUAAUAUUUAUUAACGUCCUCAGGGUUCCUCCCGCCAGCUCAGCCUAUGGGGUGGACAGAUUGUGGUCCUCUCCCGUGGUGCCCAUCGGCCUCUGCAUCCUCGGG